CAACCUCGCUAUCUGUUUCCUCAGUCUCAACACGUGAGUCCAGCCAUGAUGCACACAUCAAUAUAUCGGGAUCUCCUCCUCACGGUCAUAGUCUUCAUAUCGAUCGCAUCGAUAUCUAACGCCCGUCCCACGUCUACGACCGAACGAGUGAGCGUCUCGGACGAUGCUCUGGAGAACACCCUCAAGGACAAACGGUACCUCAUGAGGCAGCUGAAGUGCGCUCUGGGAGAGGCGCCAUGUGACCCUGUCGGCCGCAGGCUGAAAAGUUUGGCACCUCUGGUCCUUCAGGGAUCUUGUUCACAAUGUAGUCCACAGGAGCAAAGGCAGAUCAGAAAAGUGCUGGGAUACAUGCAAGUCAACUUCCCCAAGGAGUGGAACAAAAUUCUGAAGCAGUACUCAGGAUGAG